AUGCAGUCCAAGGACCUCUUUUGUCUCCAACUUACCAUUAUGCGCCACGCGGCAUCGCUGAGCUUGCUUGCUGCCGUCCUUCCUGGGGUCUCGUCUGUGGUGCUGGCCAACGGCGAUACCGAGGGAAGUCUUGGUGAUGCAGGCGCGGAACCCGUGAGAGAUAGGACGCGACGAAGUGAAUCAUCGCCUCGCACGAUCCUGCUCCCCGACAUACAUUGGGACCAUGACACGCACAGUCUCGAACACGUUACUCCUAUCCCUCCUGGAUCACCCGUCCCGCUGUUCUAUACGGCGUCUGACAAACAUCCAGACGGUUCGCUCUACGUCAGUUCGUUCACCCCGACAUUCAACCACACCACCGUUGUCUUGGACCAUACGGAUCGCAUCAGUACCGUCGCGUACGACACCGACUCAGGCGACCUUAAGAUCGAUUUCAACUGCCCCCAAGCAUACUCGGCUGCUGUCGACUCCUGGCUCGACACGGAAAACCCUCUUCUCUUGAUCACGUACACGCCAGAUUGCGGCAAUCACGAAUCUGGCGAGCGGUGCUUCUUCGAGGCCACCAACGUGGACACUGGCGGGGAUGACUUGUCCCUGACCGUGUCGGGCCAUCCACAAGACUACCCCAAUGUCGUCGAAGGCGUAUCGAUCGAAUGGGGUUCGAUGGUCCCACCGUCGCCGCAAUCCGACACCGACUGCGGCGCUGCGGUAGACCCGGUGAACGGCCUCCCCACGGCGUGCUUGGGGCCCGACUUCGACCACGACCUCGACGAAAAGAUGGGUUACAGCGACCUGACCGAGUUCGAGUGGGCGGACGAUGCCACGAGAGAGGCGCCCGACCUUGAGCUCCACUCGGCAGGGCUUUCCACCAACAACACGGCGGCCGACGCCGACGACCUGUCGUCCACGACGCCAGAUGCACGGCGACUGCGCCGGCGCCGUGAGGAACCGCCACGGGCGCUUUCCAAACGCCUUCUUGGCUGGAGAUGGCUCGACCAGUCGUUCCAGAGCCAGUACGAUUUCAAGAUCCCCUCGAAGCAAAAGCCCCCGCGCGGCACGACCAUUGUUCACCAGCCGUGGAAAAACUCGAUCCGCCUCUUCAAUCAGCAAGUUGCAAAGUCACGUACCAAGUCCAAGCCCGGCUUCACCGGUCUGUUCAACGUCUACUGCGUCGAUUGCGGCGCCGAAGUCAGCUUUGGCGUCAAAGGUGCGGUCAAAAGCAGUCGAUGGGGCGGCGGGCUCGAAGAAGCUUGGGUGGAAACCGACGUCAAGCUCAAGAUGGGGAUGCAGAUCGGCAUAGAAGCCGGGGCCGAGCUCAGCGACCGGAGGCCCCAAAGGGAGCUGUUUACGCUGCCCAUUUCUGGCGUCACUCUUCCCGGACUGCUCGAGAUGGGCCCUGCACUCUCAGUCGGCAUCGACUACAAGUGGAAGGCGGCGGCUUACGGCACCGUCCUCGCGGGAGCCCAGUACUCGCUGCCUCUUUCGACCUUCAGGUACGACUUCCUGACGGGGCAUGAAAAGUAUGAAGGCUGGUUCCCGCAGUUCGACCCAAAGCUCGAAGCCAAAGGAGCCAUCAUGCUGAGCGCCGAAGUCGGUCUGCCGGUGACCCUCAAGCUUCACAUCACAGCCUUGCAACGAUCGUUUGACACGUCGCUCGGCAUCGUGGAUCGGCCAUCUCUGAAGUUCGUUGCGCAAGCAGCUGCUGAGAUUUCGUCUGGAUCCGGCAACGCCAUCGACGGCGGCUUCACCAACAUCAACGGCUGCACGGGCAUUUCCACUCGCAUGAGCUGGAAGAACGAGGUCUACGUCAAGGCAAAGCUGAAGAGCAUAAAGCCGCUUUUGAACGGACUCAACAGGCGCUUCCCCAUCAAGAACACCGGUAAGGAGCUUACAAGGGCGUGCAUCCCUCUCGGUAAACAGCCGGGGCCAAAGGAAGACAAGCCGAAACCCAAACAAAGCACACCCAAGGUCCAGGCUGGGGACGACACUCAGGACGACGCUGAGGAAGAAGAACCCGAGGACGACGCUGAGGACGAAGAAGAAGAAGGACCCGACGAUGGCGAUGAGGAGGGAGAAGACGAAGAAGAAGAAGAAGAAGGUGAACCCGAGGACGACGCCGCGGACGACGACGACGAGGAAAACGACGAAGUGGUCAGCUACGACAGCGACAUCAUCCGAAGCUCGCCGUACAAGACAAAGGACAAAACAUUCACCUGGCUCGUGAACGCCGCCGACGGGGUCCAGCUGCUCGGCUGCGUCGACGACAACUUCUACAUCGACUCGCGGAUGAACGAGACGGACCUCGACAAAUGCAACGAGCUGAACGAGUUCGAAGAAGACGACCUCGUCGCCACCAGCAGCGCCGAGCUCCUCUACUACUACGGCGACACCAUGGAUUCCAUCGGUGUCAGCCGCCUGCGCAAAGGCAGUGGACGAAAGAUUCCCGGCAGCGCUAUCCACGUGCUCCUCGUGAAGACGAAGUCUGGAUACAUUGCCCGUGACGAUUACCGUGAUGAGUACUACCCGGUUUCUUGCACGUACAAAGACAAAUCGCGUCCCGAGAAAGUUUUUGUCGUCUCGGACGUGGCCAAGGGCAUCAAGACGCUGCAGUCUGCCGAAGCCGUCAAUACCAUCACGGGCGGAGCGGUGUCCAAGUGUCGUGCGUUGAACUUGGAGAUUGGCAACACGGACUAUGAAGAGUACCUUGGAGAACUGGAUUAG